ACCGGCUCUAGCGAAGGAUGUCAGUCUGGGCUUGUAAAACCCAGGUGUGCCAAGCUCUCGCCGCCUCAGCACAAGAAAUCCACCUCGGCGCACCAUGUGGAAGCACUAAAAGCCCAAAAUCCUAAAACAAAAACCGAUACAUAUCAAAACAAUGCACUGAUAGCGUUAACCGUACCAUAGAUUAUACACAACAUAGUUUAUUAAGCACUAAGUAACACGGCUCUUUGCUAUAUUUUAAGAAAAAAAAGAAUAGACUGUCGAAGACGUUCGAAGUUUGAAAGUUCGCGUUCGAAUUUCCCGCGCGCGUGGGGCAGUCGCCCCCUGGGCUUUGACCGUGGAGGACGAGGGGGGAGCGCUGCUCGGGCGGCUGCAGGGCGCGCUGCGAGGCGGCGCCGCAGCCGCUUCGCCCUCGCGAGUCGCCAACUCCAUCAAGGGCUACCUCACUAACAAAGUCGGCUCGCUCCAAUUGAGAGAUACAGGUUCCGAAGUCCCAUUCGAGUGUUGCGGCGCGGGGCAACGCGUAUGAGAUGAUCACUGAGAGCAAAUAAGCUAGGACGGAGGCAAACCAUGCUCAUAGUUUCUCGCAGCGCUGACAUUCACCAGAGGAUUCACUGAACGAUUCCAAAAUGGCGGAGCCACCACAGUCAAUAUGGCAGAAGAUCGACAGCUCGGUUAUCCCCGUCGUGAAUUUAGAGGUGCGGGAAGUCCGGGAGAUAUUGUGGGAAAAGAUUCAAGAACCCACAUCUCAGAGAAAGAUUAUUCUAGUCAUAGUAGCCAUAGCACUUCUCUUAGACAAUAUGCUUUAUAUGGUCAUAGUACCGAUCAUACCAGAUUACUUGCGAUAUAUCGGCGCAUGGGGCGAGGCGGGCUACGACCAUGUGGUGACUUUAGAUCCUAUAAUAGAAGGGAACAAAACAAUCAUACCUACAAAAAUCAUACCCGCCUCGCACGAAGGUCAGGACUCCGCGACCGGAGUCCUCUUUGCUUCGAAAGCGAUAGUGCAGCUCAUGAUUAACCCCUUUUCCGGUGCCUUAAUUGACCGUAUAGGGUACGAUAUACCAAUGAUGAUCGGACUUAUCAUAAUGUUUCUGUCUACAUCCAUAUUUGCUUGUGGUAGAAGUUACGGCAUGUUGUUCUUUGCGAGAAGCCUUCAAGGUGUGGGAUCCGCAUUCGCUGAUACGUCUGGAUUAGCCAUGAUCGCUGACAGGUUUACCGAGGAGAACGAACGAUCCAAAGCAUUAGGUAUAGCGCUCGCAUUUAUCAGUUUUGGAUGCCUCGUUGCGCCGCCGUUCGGGGGAGCGUUAUACCAGUUCGCUGGAAAAGAAGUACCUUUCCUUAUUCUGGCGUUGGUGUCCUUAUUGGAUGGAUUUAUGCUGCUUCUUGUAAUGAAACCUCUGAAAACACAGAUGAAAGAAGCGGCCGAACCAAAGACACCGGGUACACCGAUUUGGAAACUUCUAAUGGAUCCCUACAUCGCCGUCUGUGCAGGAGCUCUGAUGAUGUCAAACGUCGCGUUGGCAUUUCUGGAACCAACGAUAUCUCUUUGGAUGGAAGAUAACUUAACAAAAGACAAUUGGAAGAUUGGUAUGAUCUGGUUGCCGGCGUUUUUCCCUCACGUUCUCGGCGUUGUUAUAACAGUUAAAAUGGCGAAGAAGUAUCCUCAGCAACAAUGGUUAAUGGCGGCCGGCGGCUUAGCCUUAGAGGGCUUCUGCUGCUUUAUUAUUCCAUUCGCAAACUCAUACAAGAUGUUGAUGAUACCAAUUUGCGGCAUUUGCUUCGGAAUCGCUCUGAUCGACACAGCCCUGUUACCAACUCUCGGUUACUUGGUUGACGUUCGAUAUGUCUCAGUUUACGGAAGUAUCUACGCAAUCGCUGAUAUAUCUUACUCAUUCGCUUACGCCGUGGGACCGAUAAUUGCCGGGGAGGUCGUGGAAGCGAUUGGUUUCACUGCUCUAAAUCUUUUCAUCGCCUUCAGUAACCUACUGUACGCUCCUGUACUGAUGUACCUCAGGCAUAUUUAUGACUUCAAGCCAUUUGAGAAUGAAGCAAAUAUUUUAAUGGCUGACCCACCAGAUAAAGAGUACCAGACAUACAGUAUGCAAGACCAGAGGCCGGUGAACGGUGAUUUCAAGAAUCAUUUAGAGUAUAGUAACGUACCGCAGGAUGUCCAGGAGUCUAAUGUGGACAGUUCCAGGUACGAUUAUCAGGAAGGUUAUCAGAACUAUUCUCAAGGGUAUGAGCAGCAAGGUUAUCAGCAGGAGACGUACAGCCAGCCUCGUCAACUGCCUGCGCAGCCGCAGCCAACUGCCAGCAACCCCUUCAGGGCCGCCGCCGCUGCUCCAGCGCAGCAAGCACCACCAGCACCAGCGCCCACACAGGCUCCCAUCAGGAACCCCUUCCGACAAGGCUUUUAGGGCUCUUUAGGAUUGUUGUCUAUAUUUUUGAAAUUAACUUGUUGUGUAUUUAUAAAUGUCUUAUAGUUACUUCGAUCACUGAGCCGCGUACACCCGGCGGCAUUGUUUAGUGUCUGACUAGAUGUCUAUUAUCUAACUGUGCUUACUAUUAACUAUAUUGUAGUGUGUACUGUUGCCUACAAAAUUACUCAUUUUAGAAACUUUAAGUUCAAAUCUAAUAAACAAAGAGUUAUCAAGUACAAAAUACUCCUGUAUUGACUAUGUAUUAAAUACGAAUACAUAUCUUGCCUCGAUUUAACUCUAUUUAUUGAAGAAAUAUAACAUUGCAAGGGAAAUCUUGAUAACAAUUUAAAGAGUUAGGAAAUAAAAGGCUUUACCGCUUAACCACAAUGCUAUGUAACCAGUCAUCAUUCAAGGUUAAACUCUACAACUGUAAGAUUAUAGCAUUGAUAGUAAAGCUUACAGAUAUGUUAGCUUUUAGCCAUGUCUGUUCUCUGGUAAAGCUAAUGGGAGUGACUUUGUAGGCAACUGACGUUUCUUGUUGAUAUUGUUCGAAUAUAACUGUUACAUUUUCUCGACAUUUUUCCAUAUUAAUCAAACCAUAUGGUCCCAAUGUUCAGAUAACUAUUUCACACUUGACUACAUAUAUUUUAAGAUAAACGUACUAUAUAAUUAUUACAUGUGUGUGUAGAACAUUGACACUCUUUAUCGUGCUAUAUUAAAUUUAAAUUACUUAAGCAAAACUUGAAGCAAUUUAAGAUAUAUUGAUAUAAUAUUAUAAGCGUAGUGUUUAGAGAAACUUGUAAAAAUAAGUUGAGAUGACAAAGCGACGCAAUCCAGUAAUAAAGUAGACGGAUGUUAAGGGCCUAAACAUUAUGUACAUUAAAAAUGGCACUUACAUCUAUUAGGUACAGUAUUUAUAAGUUCUAUAUUAAGCAAUAUACAGAUAGGGUAAAAUUUGGCAAGACUGUCCUAAUUAAAUGUUGAUGAACAAUGAAUAGUUGACUUAAUGUCUUCUUCGUCAAAAAUCGACGAAUUUUACGAACAUCUUCAACACUUCAACCAGAUUUGACCAAUAACCUUUAGUGUUCACUUCGUAUCUUCAGAAGAUGUUAACCCUAUAAUGGUCAAUUGUAAAGUAUUUUCUUUAUGAUUAAAGCUUGUAAUUGUAACUCCGGUUUGGAAUAAAACGUCAGUACGCUGAAUGAUUUUUCGGUGUAGUGGGGUUGCCAGUUGUGUUUGUGUUUGUGAAGUUAAAUUCGUAAUUAUGUUCAAAAUGUGUAUUACAUUUCAGAUACAAGUAAAAAAUAUAAUUACCUUUGACAGCUUAAUAAAAUAAAACUACUAAUUGCAGAGAGACAUGUGAACAGUAGACAAACUCUAUAACGUUUAAAAUAAGGCUUAAUACUCUGUAUUAUUUUGUUUUCACUAGUUUCGACGCCAAAAUAUUUUCUAAAAUCAAUUGUUUAAUUUCUCUACUAGAAAUAUUCUUAACUAAAAAAAUAUUAAAUCUAACUAACAAUAACAAUGGAAAUUGGUGACAGGUUGAAAGAUGAUGUAAAUGUUCAUUUGAUUUGUUAAUAAACAAAAGAGACUAGAAAACUAGUCAAAACAAUAUAUUAAACAGAAGUAGUACAAAAAUGUACCUACAAUAACUAAGAAAGCGCUAAAGCAAACGCUUUAGAAAAUUUUGACACUCUCUUAAAACAUAUUUUGACAGUCUUGCCAAGGGAGUUGUACAAAGAAUAAUUGAUGUUAAAAUAGUGUACUUUCGUAAAUGAACCCGCGUGUAUUUACAAGUACUUAUGAUAAAUGUCUUUUAUUUUUUAAUUUCUAAAAAUAUCGCUGUCAUAUCACACUAUUGAUAGACUUAAACAUAAUCAAUUAAUUAAUAUCAAUUAGUUAGUUAAGAUCAACUUGUGAUAAAGUUGCAACCAAGGUAACGAAACAUAUCAGAAUCUUUUGAUUCAACUUAGCUUUAAGGGUAAAUUAUAAAGAAUUAUACUUAAUUAUUGUACUUAUAUUAAAUUCUUUAUCUAAAGUUCAAGGGACAUUGGGAUAAAACCUACGUAGACUGAUUUAAGGCCAAGUAAUUAUGAAAAGGUAUGUUUUUCGGUUCUUAUAAACUUUCGUGUUUACUAAAAUUUAAUAUUAAAAUAUCAAGUCAAUUUUUACUACAUCUAAUGUCGUUUUUGUAAAACAAAAACAACCUUGUUCGAUCGAUCAGUCAGAUAAUAUUAUGAAAACGUCUGAAAAAUUAAGACAUUUUAAAGAAAAACUUUAUAGUUAACUUCACUUGAUGAUUGACCGCGAUUAUUACUGUAAAAAGAAUUAAAUAAGAUUAACUUUUAUCAUUAUAUAUGUAAAUAUAUUUUACAACGUACUUAUAGUAAAUUAUGUUUCAAAUUCAAAUGCGAGUCGUGUUAGGAGAAUGUUAAUUGCUUGGCGAAGGUAUUUAAGAGGUUUUAUCCCUAUGUGUAAACUUUAAAUGUACAGUAGGUGUUUGCUGUCGUUUUUAGCUGCGUAUUUGGAUUUUAUCUGUAACAUAUUUGUAUUGUUUAGCUGUAACGUGAUGUCAAGUUUGAUGAGCACAGAGGUCAUACGGUGGGUCGAUUUAUUUUGAAAAAUACUAUUACUAUUUAUUAUUUAUGUUAGUCUCUUAAUGACAUAAAUGUUUAUUUAUUUUAUCUCUUUAUCUGUGUGUAACAAUCGAAAGAAGGUAAACACGAAACAAAUAAAAGAAAAAGAAGAAGAAUUAAAGAAAAAAGAAGAAGAUAGAUGUGGGACGCAUAAAAAACAGCAUUUAUCGCAUAGUCUGUAUUCGAAAAUUUUCUUUAAAUUUAAAAGGAUUGUUAAAAACUAAAAAAAAACCCAAGUAAAACUUAUGGAAUUUAACGAAGUAAAACUUUCCUAAGUGUAAUAUAUAAUUUAUCUAUUUAUAUAACAAUAAAAAAGUAUUAGUUUAUUUGAAAAAAUCUUUAAAAGUGUAUGCACAAGUCACGUUUUUUGCCUUUUUCCACGAAAUCUCAACAUUGUGAGAUUUGCGCGGAAAAUGGGAAAAUGAAAUUGUGUUUUAUUGUAAAAUUUUAUAAUUCACGCCUACCGAUAUGACCUUGGAUAAAAAUAAUCACAGUCUCGGUUAUAAAGGAAUACAAAAUUAAAAAUAACUAAAGUUAAUUGUACAAGAAAAUGCGACGAGCCCGACAUGUCAAUUGAAAGAGUGUAUAAAGUAAAAAAAAGUGAUUAUUGUGAAUAAUUAUUAUAUUCUUUACGAUAAUGUAUUUAUUAUUUCGAACGCUUUGAAACUAUCUUUACAUGUAUGUCUUUUUAAAUCUUAAAACGAUAAUAAAAAUUGAUAAAAAAUAUAAUAGAAAACGUCUUUAAAAGAAAUUUCAAAGAAUUUCAAUUUUAUAGCAAAGAGACCACUAACAUCUAAAGAAGUUAUCUUGCUUGGAUGUUGGAUCAAGAGUCGCAUAAUACAUGAAAAAGGUAGUAUUACUUGAAAUGGCUCGUAUUAUGAGUUCAUUCACUAAAUUUUUAUAUAAAUAAAAAAAUAAUAAUUUAAUUUAUUCCUAUUUUUACUAUUCAUAUUUACGUGUAUGGAAUAUCUUUUAUUAGAAUAUUUAACUAAAAUAUUAAUGAGUAUACAUAAUAUGAAUUUCAAAAUGAUGCAUAAUUAUAAUAAAAUAUGAUAAAUUAUCUACAAAGAGAGACAAUGCUUAGUCGUAGCAACGGCGUAGCACUUUGUAGACGCUCGUAGCAACAUUGUCGUGAAUCUAAAGUAAAUGCCAAUGUACCUGGCAAGCGUUGUCUGUCUUAACUAAGCAUUAAUUAGUGAAAUUAAACUUUUUGUUUUGCUUUGCGUUUGUAUUGCUUAAUGAAUAUUUAAAUAAAUAUAACGAAAUGUUUUGAUUGAAACUUGAUAAAUACGAAGAAAAAAUUCAAUUUACAAUUUUUAAUUUUGAACUUAACAAUGAAGAAAAAGGCAUAUAUGUAAAGGCAUUUCGCUCAUUAGUUUGCAUUUGCGUCGGAAAUGAAAAAGAAACGGAUGUAUUUUCUAGUUUACUUUCACGUGGAGAUAGUGGAUAGCCUGCAAAGUACAAUAGUGUUCGUAGGGAUCGUCCCCUUGCACUUACUUUCUUGCGCACAUAUAGAUAGCUCCCGACGAAAGUUUAUCAAUAUUUAGUAAAGUUGUCUUAAAGUUUCUUUAUAAAGACAAGUAUGUAUUUUUAUUUCUGGAUUCAGCUGUUGUUACUUGAAUAAAAGUUCUUCAAAAACUUGGAAGUUAAACAUUGAAUUGCUAUAACAAUGAAAUGAAUGAUUACGAGUAUAUAACUCAGUACGAAUUUGUAUUUAUUGUACGUACAUUUUUAUUGUGUAACUUAAAACUUUAAUUUUUUGACCUUUUGACGGUUCAUUUAAAUGAUAUUACAUAUAUAAAAUAAACUUCAAAUAAUUAAACGUCAAAUAGCUCAAUGAAUUUCAGAUUAUUAUACUUUCACUAACCCAAGUUAUCAUUAAUUUGGAGAUAUAGAGGAAUAUUUAUGUGUUAAAACGCGUAACGGUAAAAAUACUUUUAUAAAAUUAAAAAUAAUUACCAAAGCAGAAAAGGUUUAGAAAUCAUAAAACUAUCUCUGUCAAUUUAUUUAUAAUUGAUUUAGUGUAAUUUAAAAUUACAUGUGUUACAAAUGAUAAGUUUUUUAUGUUAUUAGUAAAGGAACAAACGCCAUGCUUUCGUCGGGAGCGAUUAUUAUUAGGUAUGAUUGCUAACUAUAGAAUUAUUAAGUGAUAAAUGAAUUAUUCAAGUGAUCUUAGUUCGAUCAGAUAUUAUUUAAGAUUUCGGUUCAUUACAUGGAAAUGGUACAUGACCACAAAUGCACUGUUGUAAAAUAUUUUAAUAACGUCUUUGUCAGAUUAUCACGGCUAUACAAGUAAACAAGUAAGACGUUCCAACAUUCUGGUACGAAUGGACCAUACCAGGAACAACACGAACAAAUGUACAAGGUAGAAACCAGUGAGAGGUGCGGAUAUUUCUAGCUUUCUAAGAGCUCUAACUUUCGAGGACUCUAGAUUAGCUUUCUAAGAUACAUAUAACUGGGGUCCUAACAUAUCGAAGGUUAUAAUAUAUCAGUAUGUUUGCAUUGUCGCAUAUUUCUGUGUAGUGAGCGGAGACCUUUAAUCGUAAGUUAAGUCAAUUUCGUGUCAAAUUCUCCCGAAAUUCAAUUACUUAGUAGAAUAUCAAUGCUGAGUGAGGCUUACUUUUAGAUGCGUGUAAUAUCGUGGAUUUUGAAAACAAAAUAGAAUUUGAUGAAAGGUGAAUAUUAAAUGUCUUAAUAGAUUUUUUAAAUUUCUUACUUAUGUCAUAAAAUGUCACACUAAAUUAAGUUCAAAUAAAAACUAAUAAUUACAAUUUCUAUAUAACUUUUUUUUAAUUGUGUAAUUAUUUACACUUCGUUGUAAAUGAGACUAUACAUCAACAUCAAAACGCACUUGGGUAUAGAAAUAUUUGAUCUCAAACUUUAUUAUUUAAGAUACCUAAGAUACAUUUGAAAAAUGAAAGUUAUCACAUAAAAAAUUCAAGAAUUAUUACUAGUUAAAAUAUAUUUUUAUAACACAAACUAAUUACCAUAAUUACCUUUUUUUAAAAUCCACGAUAAUACAAUAUGUUGCGCUGUGUUUAAGCUCGGUGAUUGCAUUAUAUUAUUAAAAAUAUGUCUAUUACCAUAGUUAUAUCAGCAAUAACGAACCAUAUAUCGCAUACAUAUCAUUAGGUUAAGAUAUAUGUAGGUAUAUAUGUACUAGUUUUGUAUGUGUGUCUUUAAAUAUACUUACAUUUUUUAUUCUAUAAAUAUUAUAUAAAUGUAAAUCGAUAUUUUUUAUGAUUGCGCGCACAGUUGUAUCUUAUAAUUUGCUAAUUUUUACAAAAAUAUUGGAAUUAGAAAUGAAUUAAGAUUAAUUGGUAUACAAAAUUAUACACAAUUUAUAUUGUAACAACAUGUGGUCGACAUUGGUAAGACAAAUAUUUGAAUAUAAAUGAAUUUUAAAACAGUUUUUAAUAACAGUCAAACUUGCCAUAUCUUCUUUACGACGACGAUAUAAAAAGGAACAUAAAACUUUUUUACGUGACGAUAUAAAAAAAAAUAUACUUAUAUGUAACCAUAUAAUUAUCUAGUGAACUUACUCGUAAUAUAGCUACUAUUGUGUUACUUUUAAUUUACGAGUACUAACGUAAAAUUACCAAAAAACAAGAUAUAAAACUUUUGUCAUGUGAAUAUAGCUGGAAACUUAAUAAUUGAAAACUUUAUAUUAACACAUUACUUUAGAUUUGCUUGAGCAAACUUUUGAAAUACUAAAAAGUUCUGCAGUGUUAUGUGAAUGGUUCUUUAUAGCGAUUUCAUAUGAGAAAAGUUUCAGUUUCUUUCCCAUUCACUUUUGUGCUUAUUUGUUAAGUUUAGGAAUUUAUACGGAAAGUAACAGAUAAACGAAAAAUCUUGUGGGUCAUUUUGAGUUCUUUAUUUAAAAUAUGCCAAUUAUCAUUUAUGUCAUGAUCAUAUCAUUUAAUUGUAAUGUUUAGUAAAGUGUUUAGAUGGAUGUGUGUAUGGUACUUUAUGUGAACGAAUGUGUGACUUGUAUCUACUUUCUAUUAGAAUACAACUGCAAGCAUAAUAAUUAUAUUAUUUAAGUGGUAAAGUCUAUUUAAUUAAAAAUAUUUAAAUUUAGUGAUUUAAAUAUAUUUAGAAUCAAAUGAGUUCGUUUGUAAUUUGCGUUAGGAUAACAAAAUUAGUAUUUAAAAAUAACGUUUGCGUCUCGAGACGACAGACAGAAGUAACUGAAACAUGCUGCCGUAUGCGUGAGAGAAAGGGACCCCACACAUAGUGGUGCCGUAACGCGUUACGUUACGAAGCUCCCAUAAAAAUUAUCACUUCAAAAUUGGUAAUUCGUUAUGUAUUUGUAGCAACAACAGCCGCAGCUAAACUAGUAAACGAAUCCCGGUCAGUUAAUUUGUUUUAAUUUUGUUCAUAAGAAACAGCUAAUUUAACUUCAUAUGUUAUUUUUUUAAUAAACAGUAUUAAAAUAAUCAUGAAAUUAAGUUUGCAGUUGUCAUUCCCUUUUAGAUCAAACCCGUCCGGUAGUUAUUUGUGUUAUCUAUAAUAUCGUAUCACUAAUAUUAAUACUAUUUCUUAAUUAUUGCGUAAACUUAUAAUAACAACUUUAACAAAUUACAUAGAUUAUUAGCAUAAAACUUGACGCACAUCAUUUUUCUUAGGUCAAUAAUUACAUUUAUUAUUUUUCAAUUUAAUCAACGCGAUUUUUUUAUAAAAUAAAAUAUAGAUUAAGAUUGUUUGAACCGUAUGUAUUUUGAGCAAAAUAUAUAAAUACAAUUGAUUUUAUGUUAUGGUCCAACUACCACGAAAUUAAAAUCUCUAAUUAUUAGAAAAGACGUGGAAGAAAGAAAAAUUAAAAAACGUUUAUUGCAAGAUGGAACGUAACUUAAUUAACUAUUGUCCAAAUACUUGUACAAUAGUAACUAUACGUUCCAACGUUCUAAUUUCGCUUGAUGAAUAGAAAAAAAAUCGUGUAAAAAAGUGUAGUAAAAAGUCUAGAAAUGUCGACGUCGAGUUUGUUUAAUGUAAAUAAUGUUUGUUUGUUUGUUACGUCUGGCAAUAUAUGAGGCUGUUUUGACAUUUUUGGCACUACAAUAAAGUGUUAAAGUCUGAACUUUAUCUCUUCUCUCUGAUUUUUUUUUAAAAAGUUAAAUAUUCAUGUGACUUAAUACUGAUUCUUGGAAUUAUAGUGUAUUAUAUUUAAUUGAGAUGCAUAAAAUCUAAUGAUAUAGGAAUCUGUAGCAGUUUAUAAUUUAAGCAAUUUUAGCAUAGUCAGUUUUUUGUCAAGCGUCAGUUUUAAAAUAUUGUUUAGAACGAGUGAAAUUGUCAAAAAAUUUUGGCUUUCAAAGCGAGGUUAGUCAGGUUACACAAAACAUCGUUACUUGACUUUUCAUAAUUCUACCAUUUUUAUAAAACUCCAGCUUAACCAAGAAAUUACCUACUUUUUUCAUAUUGUUUUCAGUAAGUUGCUUAGGUAUAUUUUCUUUCAUGAUUUCCGAUCUGCCUAUGUUAACUAUAACACUUUAAUGUGAGAUUAUUGAUUAUUAUUAUAAUAACUAAACCAUCUAGGUAUAUAACUAUAUUUUAAUUCUAAGGUUAAACAAAUAUAUCUAUUGAUUAGGUUGUACAGACUAUAAUUUUAAGGUAUCAAUUUAAAUAAAUUAUUAAAAAAAAAGUAAAUUAGUAUCACACUAUUUAAUUGUAGUAUAAAAAACUUUGCUUGUAAUUAAUUUAGUAAUAUUACAUGAUUUGAGUAAAUCAAAUAAAACUAAAUUAGCACAAAAUAUUUACAGAACAGAAAUAUGUGUUGUAAAAAUAAUAUAAACUUGGAAAUACAAGACAAUUCCUUUAGAUCUCAAAUAAAUGUUAAAACGUAGAAUCUACAGAUACGACGUUUAACAUUGUAAGUGUAGAAGUUACAAAUAACUUAUUUAUAUUUUAUGAGUGUCACUCAUAAAAUUAUCACUCAUUAUCAGUUAUCACUCAUUGAGUGAUAAAAUAUUGUUGUUUUAUAUUUUUACUUAGAGCUUUAUUUAUUUGAGUUUAUAUUAAUGCAAUAGUAAUUUAUAAAACGAACGUUUUAUGAAAAUGUUUGUUGAACGGUUAUCUUGUUUGGCGUUAGACGAAGAAUGUUAAUUAUUUCACUGUAAUAUUUGAGAAAGUUUGAGAAUUACUUCGACUAUGAAUAAAAAAUUACACAUAUACUUAAAUAUUAACGACGUAAGUUAGAAAUAAUUUAAUAGUCUUGAAUGAAUAAUUAAUGAUCGUUUAUUCACAAAUAUAUGAAUAAUUAAGAUAGUAAUGUUAGGGUAUGCUCCUAAUGCUGUUUUCUGUUGUUACGUGAUAUAAUAUAAAAGCCUUCCAUUUUUAUUCAUGGUGUAAGCACAUUAAAAAGUUCUUCAGUAUUUGAUUCAAAAUAAUUAGCUUAAUUACCAAGCAAAAUCAUAAUAAAAUAAAUUUUCAUUUCGUAUUAUCAUUAAUCUACAUAUCGAUGUAGAUGAGAUGUAAAUUACUUUUCACAUUUGAUAGUAGUAGAUAAUUGAAAAAAUAUAUAUAUUAUUAAGAGAGUAAAUAAUUAUUUAAAACUAUACCUCAUUUGUUAAAAAAAUAUAAAUAUAUUAUUAGGAUUAGGUCAAACUUAGUUACGAGCUAUCACGAAUAGUCUUGUAGUGUUUUGCUUAGCUACUAAUGUUUAGUAUUAAACGAUAGUUAGACUUAGUUUAAUUUGGAUUAAGGGAUCAGUGUAGUAAACAAUUGGAGUAAGGCUCAUUAGUCCUUGCUUCUUAUGUAGUAGGCAAAUGUACUUACCACUUAUUUGCAUUUUUCAAAAACCUCUUUACUCUGAUUAAAUCUAAUAUAUGUUGGCAACAUUAUUAAGAUAAAUAAAUUAUCGGUGAUUUUUUAACAUCCAGCUAACUGUUUUCUAAUCUGCUUGAAAAUAGUAUAUAAGCUUUGUUAUUUUGCCUAAUAUAAGGCAAUUUUUAGCUACUAACAAUUUAUCUAAGCCAUGUGCUAAAUUAUGCGAUCAACCCAUCUUAGUUGUUUAAAUACAUACUAAGCAAUAAUAUAAUAAUACAUUUAAAUUUAAAAAGAAAUAAAUACCUUAAUCUGUUUUAUUUUCAUUUAGUUUAUAGAUUAUUACAUUGUAAUAAAUAUAUUAUGUCAAAUAACUACAAUAACCGAUAGCCUAUUGGAUCUCAUUAUAUUUAAACUUAUCGCUAAAAUAUUUGUUAAUAUUUAUCACUAUAAAUAAUCAUGCAUAUUAGAUAUGUUUUAUUAGAUUACAUUUUAGAACGUUUAAUCUACUAAUAGUAAUAAUGCUGUAAAAAUGACAAGUAGAAGGUAUCAGUACUAUUCUUAUAAAGUUAUUCGUAAUCUGUAAAGAAUAAUAUAUAUAUUUGUGUGCUCAGACAGAAGUUUUUGUGACUCAAGUAGACUAGUUUUGUUGAAUCUAUUUUUAUCCUUUGAAAAUCAUGUUUUUUUUUAAUCUGAGUGGUUUUCUAAGAUUUCGAACAGCACACAAAGUCACCAGGGUGACCCCUACACUUCUCUGUGCACACAAAUGUAUAAGGUAUCAGAUAUGUACAAGUGAAUCGCUUAUGUAUCAAACCUAUACACGAAUACUCCAGAAAUACGAAGUAUAAUGGCGUAU